AUGCCUGUGGACAGUACAGAUCUUGGGAUGUUGCAGUGGAGGAUGGGUGGUGCCACCAACAGGAGCCUGUGGCGGACAGUGAUCAUCGGGGAACAGGAGCAUUGCAUCGACCUGCGCAUGACCCAGCCCUACAUGAAGGGGGUCACUCAUGGAGGGUCCUAUGGCGAAGGUCUCAAUGCCAUCAUCGUCUUUGCUCCCUGCUUUCUCCCAGACAGCAGCUCGCCCGACUACCACUACAUCAUGGAGAACCUCUUCCUGUACGUCAUCAGCAGCCUGGAGCUCCUGGUUGCCGAGGACUACAUGAUCGUGCACCUGAAAGGUGCCACCCCCCAGUGGAGGAUGCUCGGCAUAGGCUGGCUGAAGAAGUGUUACCAGAUGAUUGACAGGAGAUUGCAGAAAAACCUGAAGUCCUUGAUUAUCGUCCACCCCUCCUGGUUCAUUCAGACGGUGCUGGCCAUUUCCUGCCCUUUCAUCAG